AAAUAGUUCAUAUAAAUCGAUACCAUGCGAACAUGGUUUCAAAUUGUUCUCAAGCAACGAAGACAUCAAAUUGAUCACUUUGAAUUGUUUACUUUGAAGAUAUUCAUGAUGUGCGUCGUUUGAAUCACUAACGGUAUACUUACAUUAUACAUUAUACCAAACAUAUACUAGGUAAUCAGGUGAAUUCAAAGAAUUUCGCAGAAUAGUAAACUGUUGGUGUUGAUUUCAUUAGCAUGGAGUUCACGCGAGUGUUAUUUUAUAUCGUAACUUUGUGUGUUUUGAUGGAGUUAUGUGUGGCAAAGAAGAAAGUGAAGAAAAGUAUGAUUUUGAGGGAGAAAGAAACUAAUCCUAUUAAUUUCAUAAGAUUGGCCGUCAUGCGAUUAGUUUACGGCAUAGCUACAAGAAUAGGUUUUGGCGAAGAAAUAUCUGAAGCCCUUAAUGGUGCCUUUCUACCUCCUGGUGUUGAUGACUAUGACUACGGUGACGGAGGGCUUGGUUUGUUCGAACGAGAGGAUGAUUAUGACUAUUAAAAUGAUAAUAUUGAAA